AUGGGAUUAUUAUUCCAAUUCCUGCCCUCUCCACAAAUAUUAUUAAUGUUGCUCCACCUGAAGGUGACUUUGCUUAUUACUGAGAAGAUGCAAAAAUGGGUUGGCAAACCCUAUAUGGUUGAAUACUCUGACUCUGAAGAAGAGAACGAUGAGGAUGAUAAUGAUGAUGAUGAUGAUGAUGAUGAUGAUGAUGAUGAUGAUGAUGAUGAUGAUGAUGAUGAUGAAGACGUUGGUAAUAAAGAAGGGGCUGAAGAAGAAGAAGAAGAAGAAGACACUGAUAAACAUGAUAAAGAUGAAGAAGAAUCAAUCUCUGAUAAGGAAUAA